GAGACUUCCGUCCUGCAGGUGGCGGUGCUGCGCUCUGACCGGCGUUAAACAGAAGAGAAGAAGAGCUGCUUGGUGUUUCCGGUCGGGUUUGGAUGACGCUCCUCUGAGAGUUUCGGCUGCUGCUUGAUUAAAGUCACAGAGAGGCGGAAGUGUGUGGCUGCCUGCCCUGUCCUUCACCUGUCAGCUGACCUGCUGACUUACUGAGCGUGCUCAGUAGGGGGGUUUCCCCUCCACACAGUUUCUGUUGUAAUACACACACAGACCAGGCCGUCAUCAUGGUGUUAGCCGACCUGGGGAGGAAGAUCACCUCAGCGCUGAGGUCCCUCAGCAACGCCACCAUCAUCAAUGAAGAGGUGUUAAAUGCCAUGUUAAAGGAGGUGUGUGCCGCUCUGCUGGAGGCCGACGUCAACAUCAAACUGGUCAAACAGCUGAGAGAAAACGUCAAGUCUGCCAUAGAUCUGGAGGAGAUGGCCUCGGGCCUGAACAAGAGGAGGAUGAUCCAACACGCCGUCUUCAAGGAGCUCGUCAAGCUGGUGGACCCUGGUGUGAAGGCCUGGACUCCCACUAAAGGGAAGAACAACGUCAUCAUGUUUGUUGGUCUGCAGGGCAGUGGGAAAACCACAACCUGCUCCAAGUUGGCUUAUUACUACCAGAGGAAAGGCUGGAAGACCUGUCUGAUCUGUGCUGACACCUUCAGAGCUGGUGCCUUCGAUCAGCUGAAACAAAACGCCACCAAAGCCAGAAUCCCCUUCUAUGGAAGUUACACAGAGAUGGACCCGGUGGUGAUCGCCUCUGAGGGCGUAGAGAAGUUCAAAGCUGAGAACUUUGAGAUCAUCAUUGUGGACACGAGUGGUCGACACAAACAGGAAGACUCACUGUUCGAGGAAAUGUUGCAAGUCUCUAACGCUGUGCAACCAGACAACAUCGUUUAUGUGAUGGAUGCGUCGAUCGGUCAGGCCUGCGAGUCUCAGGCUAAAGCUUUCAAAGACAAAGUGGACGUGGCGUCGGUGAUCGUCACUAAACUGGACGGACACGCCAAAGGAGGAGGAGCCCUGAGCGCAGUGGCAGCCACCAGGAGUCCCAUCAUCUUCAUCGGGACGGGAGAACACAUCGAUGACUUCGAGCCGUUUAAGACGCAGCCGUUCAUCAGCAAACUGCUCGGGAUGGGAGACAUCGAAGGACUGAUCGACCGAGUGAACGAGCUCAAACUGGACGAUAACGAGGAGCUGAUUGACAAACUCAAACACGGUCAGUUCACCCUCAGAGACAUGUACGAGCAGUUUCAGAACAUCAUGAAGAUGGGACCCUUUGGGCAGAUCAUGGGAAUGAUUCCUGGCUUUGGGACAGACUUUAUGAGCAAAGGAAACGAACAGGAAUCAAUGUCCAGACUGAAGAAACUGAUGACCAUCAUGGACAGCAUGAACGACCAGGAACUGGACAGUAAAGAUGGAGCCAAACUGUUCAGUAAGCAGCCCAACAGGAUCCAGAGGGUGGCUCGGGGGUCGGGGGUCGCCACCAGAGAUGUUCAGGAGCUACUGACUCAGUACACCAAGUUCGCCCAAAUGGUGAAGAAGAUGGGGGGCAUCAAGGGGCUAUUUAAAGGAGGAGACAUGUCCAAGAACGUGAACCCGUCCCAGAUGGCCAAACUGAACCAGCAGAUGGCCAAAAUGAUGGAUCCCAGAGUCCUGCACCACAUGGGUGGUAUGGCAGGCCUUCAGUCCAUGAUGCGCCAGUUUCAGCAGGGAGCUGCGGGAAACAUGAAAGGCAUGAUGGGAUUCAACAACAUGUGAACACGGACCAAUCAGCUGCCUUAAAAUAAAAAAAAAAAAAAGUUAAAGUUCUGCCCCCUGACAGGUACAGGGGGAGGGGGCGGGGCUUAGACAGAGAUUGAGCAGGAAGUGUAGAAAGAUGGGGGAGGAUGUUUGAGUUUUAGCUCCGCUGCUUUUCACUGACAAAGAUUUCUGUUUUUAGAAAAACACCAGAAGAAGAAAACGAGAUGUUGAAGGAGUAGUUCAAAAUGUUUAGAAAACAUCUGUUUCAGAUGGACGUCAGCGUGACCUCAGUGCUGAUGUCCAUCCCAAACAUCUGGCUGAGUAAAAACACUGGACUGCUCCUUUAAGUGAUGAACAGGAGGAUGAGGAAGAUGACUGUUGCUGGUUGUUUCCUCCUUCAUUUAAUUCUGUAGCAGAUGUUUAUGUAUAAGAUUUAAGUGCAGAGUCAGUUCUGAUUGGACACGCUGAUGCUACGUGAUGAUGAUGAUGAUGAUGAAGACAGUGACGUUAGUGACAGUAUUUUUGUCAUAUAAUAAACAUUUGUAUUGCACCAGU